ACGGUUUUUACAUGUCAGACAUGAAUUCCGGAAUUAAUCAUUCUCUCCAGAUCGGCCCUUCAAUUCUUAUGCCUUUGUCACUUCUUGUGCUUAUGCAACCGCGAUUUUUGAGUCUCUGGAGCGUUCUUCUAACCAUUCAAGGCCCAGCUCAAAGUUUUACAGCAGUAAACAUGCCCAAAAGAAAGGCGUCUUCAGAUGAUGGGAAGUCACAGAGUAAAGUCUCCAAGAAAAAGAAAUCAAUAGCAGAUGAUGAAGAAGACACUAAAGGCAGCAAGCAGAAAAAAUCCUACCCAAAACUAGUGGACCCAGCAACAAACAAAGAAACUACAGGAGAAAUUAAAUACACAGCAAAGGAGCCCACACGGAACAAGAAAGGAGAACUCGUGUUUCCAGACUUCCCAGAAUUCCGUCCAAAUAUGACACCCAAAGAAGUUCUGCAGGCUGGCAGUUUUGGCGGAACUUACUUCCGUCCAAUCAAAUCAUCUGUUACAGGUAAACAGUAUAAAGAUGAAGCCUUCAAAGAACUCCCCACAGACUGGACUGAGGGUCUUAACAUCAAAAAACAGGUUACCUCCUCAAACUACAAUGAGUCAGUAAAUACAUACAAAGUGAAGUGUGGAGGGAGCCUGGAGAUGUGGGAGGAGAGUGGGUGGAUCCACAAACAAGACCCCUACGGCUGGUUCCAAUGGUUCUGCAGAUUCUGUCGAGGAAGGAGGACCCCUGAUGAUGAGCGACAGGUUGGGAGAUGGUUGAGGUGUGCAGGACCAACAGGAAGGUGGAAAAACAACCUCAUCUCCAAGUGUUACCGCAGCGGGGCCCGAUUCAAUGACCCCAACAUAUCCCCGGUGGUCAGACAGACCCUACAACACUGGGGGUACAGGCUAACUGAGGAGGACUACCUGGCUAAGGAGAAACAGCUCAAGAGAAAGAAAGUUUGAUAGGAGUGAGAAGAUAUAUAAGCAUGGUAAAAGAUGGUGGUUUACAGUGUUUUGCAGAAAAAAGUCAGAGGCCAA